AUGACAAAUGACUCGGACAAGUGGAGGAAACUUUUAUUGAAACUAUCGAAAGUUAUAACAUUUCGAAAUGCUUUAGUGAAACCGAAACCACAAACGCAGGUGCUUUUAUUUUCCUCAAAUGUUUGCAAUCGUUUGGAGAAAAUAGAGACGAGGAUGGAAAUUUUUUUAUGUUUGCGGAUGCUGAACUGUCAAGAGACGAAGAUAGGAAACGGUAGAAUGCGGCAGAUGGCCUAA